AUGGACUCGGAACAUUCACACUCCUCUCACUCGCAUUCUCACUCGCAUUCUCACUCGCACUCGCCCUCCCAUCUACAUUCGCAUUCCCACUCACACUCGCACCCACAUUCAGGAUCAGGGUCAGGGUCAGACUCGGAUUCGCACUCGCACUCGCACUCUCAUCCACAAGAGUCUUCCCAUUCCCAUUCGCAUUCGCAUUCGCAUUCGCACUCCCGCGCCAAUGGCCACAAUUGUAAUGGGCCUACGUUAGGCGUCCAGAACGGAUAUGCGUUUCCAUCUCCCUUCGUAGGCACAUCAGCACCACCGUCCACAUAUCUCGCUCCAACGGAGUUCCCUGAUAACGGGAGAUCAUCCGUAGGGAAACCCUCAGUAUCUGCCUCGAACUUUAUUACGCCUCUUUCACUAGUGGCGGCCUUUCUUCUCGCAGAGCUCUCGGCCCCGCGCAAUAAGGCCGCAUUCACCUCCGAAAACGUUAAUGUUUCCUCAGCUUUAAAUCCACUCGAGACAUCUGAGUCCGGUCCGGCUCCGCUUUCCGCGCUCCUCAACAGCCUCUCCUCGGCCUCUGCAUUGGGCGCCGGAACACUUCUUUUGCUCGGUAGUUAUAGGAAGCUGCGGCAAAUUAUCGGGGGUGGGGGCGGAGGUAAUUCAGAUGAAAGUGGCGGGAAGUUUUACCCCAAGAAGCGUGGGGAGCAAUUUAGCCCUCUUGUCGUGGUCGAGAAAGCGGUAGGCGCCAUGGUGCCUUAUUUUGCGGCGAUUGAGUUGGGCGCUGUUAGGACUGCGGCGAUAGUGCUAAGUAUUUCUGCAGGGGGGUUGAUUAUGGCCGGGAGAGCCGGAGAUAUAAAGGGUAUGGUAACAAGUAAGAAGGGCGCUCUGGGAGCAAUCAUAGUGGGUGUGGUGUAUGAUUUGUGGAGAAGUAGUGAGCUGGAGAAUGGCUCUCUUUCAUGUUUAAUAGCAUAUGUGUUUCUAGUCGUUUCACUUUUGUUCUUGUCAUCGCCAUACCCGCUAUUGUUCAUUCCGUCGGAAAAGUCGUCAUCAUCGUCGGGGACACAAACUCCGCUCUCAACAAAAUCUACGCAGCUGCGGUCUAGCUUUCCAAAACUCACCCGGAAUCCGUCAACACUGAUGACAUCAGCGCUUACUGGGAAAAACCCACUUAUUUCCUCUUAUCACACUAAACUAUCGCUGAUCUCUGGAGCCGUGUUAUCGUCGAUUACUGCCACAAAUUGGGCCUUUACCGGAUCUACAAUAGAACUUACACAACCUGAAAAUUGGUUCUAUCUAUGGGCUGCAGCGGUUGUUUCCGGAUUGGUUGCGAUAGAAUUUGGCACGGGUGUCAGGAAGAUUGGAUUUGGAGUUGGUACCUUUACAGCGAUAGUAGCUGGCUGGGCAAUGUUAAUGUCCGAUAUGACGGCCGUAGUAGGGAACGUUAUUCUUGCUAGUAUGAUGUGGGUGGGAAUACUACUCGAUGAAAAGGCCCAAAAUCAUGGCCAUGACCAUGAUCAUGGACACCACCAUGAACCGAAAGAAGCCAAAGCCCCAUCAACAAUUACCAAAAGUCUUCUACGUAUGUCCGAGGGACUGCCUCUAUUGCAUGGUAUCCUUAUCGAAAGAGAUUCGCGGCGGAUCUUCUACUUCAUGUGUCUUAACUUCGCCUUUAUGCUGGUCCAGACCUGCUACGGCUUUGCAACAGGCUCUCUCGGUUUGAUCUCGGACAGUGUUCACAUGUUCUUCGACUGCCUCGCCCUAGGUGUCGGCCUCUGCGCAGCAGUAAUGUCGAAAUGGCCGCCCUCAAUGAAGUACCCAUACGGACUGGGCAAGAUGGAUACUCUUGCCGGCUUUGCCAACGGCAUUUUCUUGAUGCUCAUAUCUGUCGAGAUCGUCUGGGAAGCCAUCGAGCGUCUCCAGAAGCCUACAGAGAUGUCACGUCUUGUCGAACUCAUGAUUGUGUCUAGUCUUGGGUUGGCAGUAAAUUUGGUCGGUAUCAUGGCCUUUGAUCAUGCGCAUAUGCACCAUGGUCAUAGUCACUCGCAUGGUCAUAGCCAUGAGCACGCUCAUGAAUCAUCUCACGAUCAUGUCCAUGUCCAUGCCCAUGCCCAUGAUGAUGACCAUCACCACUCACACGCCGAGGAGCCUGUUGUAUCCCCUCCGUCUCAUAAUCACCCACAUGAUUCGGAGAAUAUGCACGGUAUCUUCCUGCAUAUCCUUGCUGACACGCUUGGCUCCGUCUCUGUUGUGAUAUCAACGCUUGCAAUCCAAUACACUGGCUGGACCGGCUUCGACCCGCUGGCGUCCGUGUUUAUUGCAGUGCUCAUCUUCCUUUCCGCCAUCCCACUCGUGAAGUCUUCCGCCUCUAAUCUCCUUCUCACUGUGCCCGCCAACACGGAAUAUACUCUCCGCGAGACUCUCGCAGGUGUUAGCGGCGUAAAGGGUGUCGCAGGAUAUACAGUGCCCAAGUUCUGGGACGUGGACGGCGUGGUAAGAGGAUGCCUACAUGUGCAGAUAGUCAGAGGCGUGGAUGCCGAGGCCGUUUGCAGAGAGGUCGAGAAUUGGAUCCAGAGCGGGCUUGGAAAAGUUGAGGUCUGUGUAGUAGCGGAGAGAGGAGACAGUGCGGGUAAUUGUUGGUGUACGAAAAUUUAA